CACACCAGCACCCAGAAACACAGCAGGAGGUAGUCCAGCGUCUAAUGAUCUGCAGGACAGCAAUGGCAGCUCCAAAGAGGGGCGGGGAUUAUAGAGGAUUCAUCCUGCUCUCCAUCCUCCUGGGGACCCAGAGCAAAGCGUGGGCAGGACACAUUCUCUAUUCUGUGCUGGAGGAGACAGACACAGGGUCUUUUGUGGGUAAUAUCGCCAAGAGUCUGGGGCUGGAGGCCCAGGAGCUGGCGGAACGCGGAGUCCGAAUCGUCUCCAGAGGUAGGACGCAGCUUUUCUCUCUGAAUAAGCGGAGCGGCAGCUUGGUCACCGCGGGCAGGAUAGACCGGGAGGAGCUCUGCGCUCAGAGUGCGCGGUGUCUGGUGAGCUUUAAUAUCCUGAUGGAAGAUAAAAUGAAUCUUUACCCUAUAGAAGUGGAAAUAAUGGAUAUUAAUGACAAUGCUCCUAGGUUCUUGACUGAAGAAAUGAAUGUUAAAAUAAUGGAGAAUACAGCUCCUGGGGUGCGGUUUCCGUUAAAAGAGGCUAGGGAUCCGGAUGUGGGUACAAACUCCCUCCAGAGCUAUCAGCUCAACCCCAAUCGCCACUUCUCCCUGGCUGUGCAAACUGGAGAUGACGGAACUAAGUAUCCGGAAUUAGUGCUGGAGCAAGUGCUGGACCGGGAGGAAGAGGCAGUUCACCACCUUCUCCUCACAGCCUCUGACGGUGGUGACCCACCCUUAUCUGGCACAGCCCGCAUCCAAGUAGUGGUGGUGGAUGUGAAUGACCAUGCACCAGUCUUCUCUUUGCCCCUGUACCAAGUAACUGUCCCAGAGAACGUGCCAGUGGGCACAAGACUGCUCACAGUAAGUGCUGUUGACCUAGAUGAGGGAAUCAAUGGGGAAGUGACUUACUCUUUUUGGAAAAUUAUUCCAAAAAUUCUACAGAUAUUCCAGCUGAACUCCCAUACAGGAGAAUUAUCAACUUUAGAAGGCCUAGAUUAUGAAGAAUCCAGCUACUAUGAAAUGGAAGUUCAGGCUCAGGAUGGUCCUGGUAGUAUGACAAGGGCUAAAGUACUGAUCACCAUUUUAGAUAUGAAUGACAAUGCCCCAGAAGUGACUAUAACAUCUGUAAGCAGCUCAAUCCCUGAAAACACGCCUCCUGGAACAGUAAUUGCUCUUUUCUACCUUCAAGACCGAGACUCUGGGAAGAAUGGUGAGGUGACCUGCACUAUUUCAGAAAAUCUGCCUUUUAAGUUAGAAAGAUCAAUAGACAACUAUUAUAGAUUGGUGACAGAAAAAAACCUAGACCGAGAAAUACUCUCUGAAUACAACAUCACAUUGAAAACCACAGACAGUGGAACCCCACCCUUGUCCACAGAAACUCACAUCUCACUAAGGGUGGCAGACACCAAUGACAACCCACCUUCCUUUCCCCACUCCUCCUACUCUGUCUAUGUCCCUGAGAACAACCCCAGAGGGGCCUCCAUAUUCUCUGUGAAUGCUCACGACCCUGACAGCAAUGAGAAUGCCCACGUCACCUACUCCCUGGAGGAAGACACUAUCCACGGUGCACCUCUGUCCUCCUAUGUCUCCAUCAACUCUGACACUGGUGUCCUGUAUGCAUUGCACUCCUUCGACUAUGAGCACUUCCAUGACUUGCAGUUGAGAGUGACUGCACAUGACAGUGGGGACCCACCACUCAGCAGCAACGUGUCACUGAGUCUGUUCGUGCUGGACCAGAAUGACAAUGCUCCAGAGAUCCUGUACCCUGCCAUCCCCACAGAUGGUUCCACGGGCGUGGAGCUGGCUCCUCGCUCUGCAGAACCUGGUUACCUGGUGACCAAAGUGGUGGCAGUAGACCGAGACUCAGGCCAGAAUGCCUGGCUGUCCUACCGCCUGCUCAAGGCCAGUGAGCCAGGGCUCUUUGUGGUGGGGCUGCACACGGGUGAGGUGCGCACUGCACGUGCCCUGCUGGACAGAGAUGCACUCAAGCAGAGCCUGGUGGUGGCUGUUCAGGACCAUGGCCAGCCCCCUCUCUCGGCCACUGUCACGCUCACGGUGGCCGUGGCUGACAGCAUCCCAGACGUUCUGGAAGAGCUGGGCAGCCUGGAGGUCCCACACAACUCUGAUACUUCAGGCCUCACGCUGUACCUGGUGGUGGUGGUGGCCGCUGUCUCUUGCAUCUUUCUUGCCUUUGUCAUGGUGCUGCUGGCACUCAGACUGCGGCGCUGGUCCGCCUCGCGCCUGCUCCAGGCUUCUGAAGGCGGGUUAAUGGGCGUGCCUGCCUCUCACUUUGUGGGUGUGGACGGGGUGCAGGCUUUCCUGCAGACCUAUUCCCACGAGGUCUCCCUCACUGCGGACUCCCGGAAGAGUCACCUGAUCUUCCCGCAGCCCAACUAUGCUGACACCCUCAUCAGUCAAGAGAGCUGUGAGAAAAUAGAUCCCAUGUCAACACCCAUAGAUUUUCAUGAAUGUAAUCAUGAAGCCCAAAGCAUUCAGGUGAGUUCAGUCAUUCAUUUAACUUGA